UAUAGCAUUCAAUGGAAAUGACAAUGCUUGGCUCGAAAUCAGUAUAUUCUGGUUCAGACACUAUGCUAUUAUCAAAACCCCCUUGUCUAUACUCAACACACCUACUUUCACUCAAAGGUAUUUUUCGAAGGGAUUCACACUUGAGAAAUGGCAAAAGUGCUUUAGCAGCUAGCAAACACGAUCUCGUGGACACUUAUUCGUACCGAAUCAACGGCACGAAUGGAUCGAGUUCGAAUUUGUUUAUCGAUAAAUUAGUAAAUAAUAAUGUUCUUGAUUCAAUUGAUGAUGAGUAUGAAGGAGUUGUUGUAAUUCCCGAAACACUACCGUCGAACCCCAACGUGUUUGCCUCCGCACUCCGUUCGUCUAUGUUCCAUUGGAAAGUCAAGGGGAAGAAGGGAGUUUGGCUCAAACUGCCACUAGAAAGAUCAGAUCUUGUUCCUGUUGCUGUAAAGGAAGGAUUUGAAUACCAUCACGCGGAGAAAUCAUAUGUAAUGAUGACGCGUUGGAUUUCCGACGGGCCUUGCUUGCUUCCUUCUAAUGCCUCUCAUCAUGUCGGUGUUGGUUCGUUUGUGAUCAAUGAUAACGACGAGGUGCUAGUUGUGCAAGAAAAACACUGUACUCCCGAUCUUCUUGGUCUCUGGAAAAUUCCGACUGGUUUCAUUCAUGAAUCGGAAGAAAUCUACAAUGGAGCUGUAAGAGAAGUGAAAGAGGAAACGGGGAUUGAAACUGAAUUUGUCGAAGUUGUAGCUUUCAGGCAUGCCCAAGAAGUGUCGUUUGAGAAAUCGGAUUUGUUUUUCGUGUGCAUGCUAAGACCCUUGUCGACACAAAUCAUGGUCGACGAUAUAGAAAUUCAAGCAGCCAAGUGGAUGCCUUUGGAUGAGUUUGUGAAGCAGCCGUUAAUACAAGGCGACAACAUGUUCAAGAAAAUCAUCGAGAUUUGCAUUGCGCGGCUUGGAAAGCGUUAUUGCGGAUUGUCCGUUCAUCAGUUGGUAUCGAGAUUCGACGGCAAAAUAUCCUCAUUGUACUUCAAUAUUAUCGAAGACGACAAUGAUUCCGCUUGUCAAACUAACUGACACUUUGAUGUAUUUUUAAUUACGAAACCUAGCUUUAUGUAAAUGUUGUAAAUAUUAAUUCGACGAUUCUCCUAUAUACGCAUCUUAAAUUCACCGAGUCAUGUUUUAUUCCUUUUUUUUUCCAGUGUGUUGUAGCUUUCAGGUAAAAAAGAAAAGUUGAUAGCUCUUUUACCGUGCAAUAGAAACUCCGCUCAUUAAACAAAAACUCCGCGUAAUCAUCUCUGACGAUAGAAUUUGUAAGAGAUUCGAUAAUUUAUG